AUAAGCCCACUGAGCGUUGGCUCCAUUUAUCUCAGCGUUUUUUGCAGGCUGAGAGAAGCAGAUCCACUCCCAUAUGCACCUCAGUAAAACUGCACUAACAAGUACAGCUUCCAUCUCCGCUUGACUUUUUGGGCCGAUCUCCAGUUGGCUGCACAAAGCUGAAACUGUAUUAGUCAUUGCCAGUCAUUUUUUUGCAGGCUGAGAGAAGCCUGCAGCAAACACUCCAUGUGCCCUCAGCCUUAUUUGUGACCCUGAAUUCUCAAGUGAUUCAGUAACUACCCUGUUACUUCUUGCAGGAAUCAGAUUGCUUCAAGGAAGGCGGUAAAGGGAUUUACUUUCUCUUGUGUAGGCAUUUCUCCUACCUGUGUCAGGUGGCAGUGCACCUUAUUGCAAGGUGAGGGGUCUGAAGCCCAUUCCAACAUUGCCCAAUGCCCAAUAGCUGUGGGAAGAUUCUGACUGGAGAAGGAGCUCUGUGCAGCCAGCCACACACUAGGCAAAUUUUGUGUUUCCCUCUGAAUUUUCUUCUGAUUUUGAGAGAUGUCAGUGUGCGAUGAUUUAUUACUCUGUAACUACCGCAAGUGCCGAGUGAAGUUAUCAGGUUAUACCUGGGUUACAGCCUGCUCACAUAUAUUCUGUGACCAACAUGGUAGUGCGGAGUUAAGUCGGUCACCUGCAGUCUGUCCUGCUUGUAACAGCACCCUUUCUGGUAAGCUUGACAUUGUGCGCACUGAGCUAAGCCCUUCAGAAGAAUAUAAGGCAAUGAUACUUGCUGGAUUGCGUCCUGAAAUUGUUCUUGACAUUUGUUCCCGAGCAUUAGCAUUCUGGACAUACCAGGUGUACCAGGAACGCCUAUACCAAGAGUAUACUCACAGCAAGGCAGAAGGGCACUUAAAACAGGUCGAGAAAUUAUACACUCAUCAGCUGCAAAGCAAGGAUUCAGAACUCACUGCUAUGAAAGGAGAGGUGACCUCCCUAAAAAAAAUUCUGGAAGAAUACAAAAGAAAGUACAGUGACCUUUCGGAAAGAUUGAUGGAGCGCAAUCGUCAGUAUCAGAAGUUGCAGGGGAUGUAUGAUUCAAUGAGGUUGCGCAACAUUACUGUGGUUAACAGGGAGUCCUGUGCAGAGCAAUCACAAGAAGACCUUCCUGGAGUAUUUGGAUUUCCUCCAGGUAAUUCAUUUAGAUUUCCAACUGUUAGAACUCCACCUGCAAGAUGUUUUGAUGGCGACUUAAACUCAAGGCCCUUCUUCUGCACAAGACCUUCUGAGGAACCCGGAAACCCCAUCUUCUCUUCUCCUGGAAACAAUCAGCAAAACCUAGAUGCAUCCAGAGCAUUCAAGACCACAAGGAUGUAACACUAGAAUAUGGCACCGGAACUAGUCUAAUAUAAAGGGAAUAAAGUUAAAUGGGAUGUA